UGGAGCGGUGAUGGUGGAGGGGGUGAGGGUGGAUAAUGAGAAGAGGGAUUUGUUGGGUGAGAAUGGGGUUGUGCAUGCGUUGGAGAACGUACCAUUGGGUAAUGUUAAAGAGAAGGAUUUGUACGAGGCGGCUGGGGUGACGUUGUUCCCCGCUCUUCUUGCUGAGCGGAAUCUCAGCUACGCAGGGAUUGGAGGUGAAGAGGAGAGGGGAACGAUAUUGGUUCCGACGGAUGCGGCGGUCGAGAGAGCUGGGAUCAAUAAUGAGACGGAGAAUAUCGAUCAGAUCCUCCGAUUACAUUUGUUGCGCGACGAUGUAUUCGCAAACACCGAGACAAGGACGAAGACGCGCGAGGAAGGACACGAGGCGGGGUUGGAAAGGGUUCAUGGUGAUUAUUGGAAUAUCCGUCUUUUCGGUGAUAGGACGGAAGACGUCUAUGCCCGUGUCCUCAACAAUGGUCGCGCAUGCCGGGCUCAAGUCAUCCUCAUCGAUUCUGUGCUCUCCCUCCGUCCCGAAGCACGACCCACUAAACUGAGGUUGUCCGUUGGUGCAUGGGUUGGGAUCGGGAUUGGCGGGUUAGUAGGGUUGUUGAUGCUCGUUGCUGUUCUUGUAUGGGUGGUGAAGAGAGUUAGGAGGCGGAUUUUGUCGAAGAAUGUUCAUGCGGAGGCGGAGAGGGAGAGGUUGUUGAGUGUGGAGGAUGGGGAUACUGAUGAUGGGUAUGUGCCGUCGGAGGCGAGGUGAGGGUUUUACCAUGCAAAGUGUUCUUCUGGUAUCGUUGAUUGCGAAUGGGAUCUUAGUUCGCGUUGUUUCCUUUGGCUAUGGCUACA